UCAACCCAUUAUUAGCAUCAUGGAGCAUAUCUCAAGGCCAGAUGUGAAGUUAAACCUCAUGAAUGGUGCCCUAGUGCAGGCCAGACCUAAACCCCAGGCAAGAGAGCAGUGGUCGAAUAAGCUGGAGUUUCUCUUGGCGGUGGCAGGGCACAUCAUUGGCCUGGGAAAUGUGUGGAGGUUUCCUUACUUGUGCUACAAGAAUGGAGGGGGGGCAUUUUUUGUGCCAUAUGUGCUGUUUCUCUUCACCUGUGGGAUUCCACUUUUCUUUUUGGAGACCUCACUCGGUCAGUUCACCAGUCAGGGUGGAAUUACGUGCUGGAGGAAGAUCUGUCCACUGUUUGAAGGUCUCGGUUAUGGUAGCCAAGUUGUUGUCCUCUAUACAGGAGUCUAUUACAUCAUAAUUCUUGCUUGGGCUUUCCUUUACCUCUUUUCAUCCUUCAGUUCAGAGCUGCCAUGGGCGAGCUGCAACAACUACUGGAACACAGAGAACUGCAAAGAGUUGAGCAAAAGCAACAUCACUGAAUAUUCUCCAGAGAAAAGCACGUCUCCUGUUAUUGAGUUUUGGGAGAGAAGAAUUUUGGGCUUGUCUGAAGGAAUAGAACAGAUUGGUAAUGUUAGAUGGGACUUGGCACUCUGCCUCCUGCUGGCCUGGAUCAUCUGCUACUUCUGUGUGUGGAAGGGAGUGAAGUCCACAGGCAAGGUGGUCUACUUCACUGCUACUUUCCCCUAUUUAAUGUUGGUAGUGCUGCUGGUCCGUGGACUUACUCUUCCUGGAGCGAAAAAUGGCAUCACGUUCUACCUCUACCCUGAUCCAACACGUCUCACAGACCCACAGGUGUGGAUGGAUGCAGGUAGUCAGAUAUUCUACUCCUAUGGAGUUUGUACAGGAGUACUGACUGCUUUGGGAAGCUACAACAAAUAUGAGAACAACUGCUAUAGAGACUGUGUAUACUUGUGUCUGCUCAACAGCUUAACUAGCUUUGUGGCUGGUUUUGCUAUAUUUUCGGUCCUGGGCUUCAUGGCAGAUGAACAGGGAAUGGAUAUUUCAAUGGUUGCAGAGUCAGGUCCUGGUUUGGCUUUCAUUGCUUACCCCCGUGCUGUAGCUUUGAUGCCCCUGCCUCAGUUAUGGGCAAUCUUCUUCUUUAUCAUGAUCAUAUUCCUGGGAUUGGAUAGUGAGUUUGUGUAUCAUGAAGCCCUGGUAACGGCUAUCUCGGAUAUGUAUCCCUCCUUCUUCCAAGUUGGACAUCGGAGAAAAUUUCUUCUCCUCUUCAUAAGUGCUGCCAGCUUCCUUUUUGGUCUGGUAAUGGUAACAGAGGGUGGCCUGUAUGUCUUCCAGCUUUUUGACUAUUACGCCUGUAGUGGCAUGACUCUUCUUACGUUUGCUAUCCUUCAGGCCAUCUGUGUUGGAUGGGUAUAUGGUGCAGAUCGCCUCUAUGAUAGCAUUGAGGAUAUGAUUGGAUAUCGGCCCUGGCCUUUCAUGAAGUGUUGCUGGAAAUAUCUAACACCAGCUAUAUGCACAGGAACGUUUAUCUUCUCCUUGGUUAAAUACACCCCUCUGAAGUUCAACAAUGUGUAUGAGUACCCCUGGUGGGGUUAUGCGAUUGGUGGCUUCUUCACCCUUUCCUCCACCCUACUAGUUCCACUGUGGAUGAUUUAUUUGGUUGGCACCACUCCAGGGUCUAUGCGACAGAGAGUAAGAGUCUUGUGUACUCCUGCUGAAGACCUGCCAGAUCCUAAACGCCCAAAACAGAAGAUAAACACUGUUACUUUUGAAACCUUCACAGACCUAUUGACUUUACGAACUGUUCAUACACCGAACUCAUUACCUCACAGAGACAUUGUCUGAUUGUCCAGCAUUUCAGCCUUGUAUUUGUCCUCCUGAUCUUGUCCUCCUGUUAGCCCAUUGUCAUUUGAUUGGCAUUGUGAUGCACCAGUGCCGUCACCACCAUAGACAGUGAGGGGUAAAAAUCACCCCAACAAUUAGAAAAUAAUUAGAAAUGGCCACAUUGUCCCCUUCCCAGAAUUUACAAAGUGCUCUGUUUGUUGUUAGGAUGACAAAAAGAUAUUUUCAAAACUUUAAAAGUUAAAUUUUAAGCUUGUUCAACAGCACUUGUUCAACUUUUCUUUUUAAAUUAUCCAUACCGUUUACCCUUGUUUUCCCCCUUCCCUCU